AUGGUUGCUACAGCUGCUGCUUCCCCUUUCUUCCCACUACCUUCACCAAAUUACCCAGCCAAAGCUACCAAGCAUGGAAAUGGUAACUUGCAGGUUAAGGCAGACGCCCAGGCCCACCCGAAGAUCAAUGGAAGCUUUGUUGGCUCGAUGACAUGCCCCGAAACUGCAAAGGCUGAUGAUAGUACGCCUUCACCUCCCCCAAAGACCUCCUUAUAUGAUCGCUUGCCUGAUUGGAGUAUGCUCCUCGCUGCUAUUACAAGCAUCUUCAUGGCGGCAAGGAAGCAACAACUGAUGACGCUUGAUCAGAAACUGAGACGACCAGGCAUGUUUAUCGAUCCAUUCGGUCUAGGGGGGAUAGUGCAAGAUGGCCUUGUGUUCAGGCAGAAUUUUACUAUUAGGUCUUAUGAAAUAGGUGCGGAUCAGACAGCAUCCAUAGAGACGAUAAUGAAUCAGUUACAGGAGGCCGCCCUCAGUCAUUUUAUGACUGCCGGGCUUAUAUUUGAUGGUUUUGGUUCUACGCGGGAGAUGACCAAGAGAAACCUGAUUUGGGUUGUCACAAAGAUGCAAGUUUUGGUCGAUCGAUAUCCCACUUGGGGUGAUGUUGUUCAAGUAGACGCAUGGUUAUCUGCAUCUGGUAGGAACGGCAUGCGGAUUGAUUGGCUUGUAAGGGAUGUAAAAACCGAAGAAACUCGAACAAGGGCCUCUAGCGUGUGGGUGAUGAUGAAUAAAUUGACAAGAAAAUUAUCCAAAAUUCCCAAAGAGGUUCGAGGAGAAAUAGAACCUCAUCUUCUGAACUCCGCUCCUGUUGUGGAUGAGGACAGUAGGAAGCUGCCUAAGUUGGAUGCCAAAACUGCAGAUUAUGUCCUCUCAGGUUUAACUCCUAGGUGGAGUGAUUUAGAUGUGAACCAGCAUGUCAACAAUGUGAAGUACAUUGGCUGGAUUCUUGAGAGUACUCCUCAGACAAUUCUGGAGACUCAUGACCUCUUGGCAAUAACGCUGGAGUAUAGGAGGGAAUGUGGCAGGGACAGCGUGCGCCAGUCACUGACCAAGAUCUCUGGGGAUGGAGCGGAGAAGUCCCGCAAAGUUGAGUUCAAGCACUUGCUUCAACUAGAGACUGGGCACGAGAUUGUUCGGGCAAGGACCGAAUGGAAGCCCAAAGAGAGUAACAAUAACGGACAUCUUGGCGAGUUCUUCACAGAAUGCACUUGA